AUGGAUGCAUUCACAACUCAGCAAACGGUCGAGCUAUGCUCUCGCAUAGGCACAAAGAAGGCUCAUAUGAGGCUUGACAAGUUGUUCGUCAACUCGUGUAUGGCCGGGCCGUUACUUGGAUUCGGAUGUGCAGUCUUGACCAGUACGAAUGCUUCUCCAUGGUACCAGGCAAACGCUCCCGGGUUGAUUCGCACCUUGGGAGCACUACUCUUUCCCGUCGGCCUAGUGAUGAUCGUACUAACCGGCGCGGACCUUUUCACGAGCAACGUCAUGUUCAUGACAGUCGCCUACCUCCACCGCCGUGUCUCCAUCAUUGACGUCCUCAAAAUUUGGGUCAUCUCUUUCUUCGGCAACCUCGGCGGCAUGCUCUUCUUCAUGGCCAUCAUCACCGGCUACGGCGGCCUCUUUUCCGAAACUCCAGGCUAUACCGAAGCCGCGAUCAAUCUCGCAGUCCAAAAGGCGCAAAAUCCGCAAUGGCACCAGAUCUUCUUGCGAGCCAUCGCGGCGAACUGGCUCGUCUGUCUUGCUGUCUUCCUGAGUAUUAGCAGUCGUGAGAUCAUGAGUAAGAUUACGGCGAUCUGGUGGCCUACGGCGACGUUCGUGGCUUGUGCUUUUGAUCAUGUUGUUGCGAACAUGUACUUCGUCCCCAUGGGCAUCUGGGAAGGCGCCCCAAUGAGCGUCGGCUACUACAUCUGGAAAUCCCUCAUCCCCACCACUCUGGGAAACAUAGUCGGCGGCGCCGUCUUCGUUGGCCUACCAUACUGGUACCUCUAUCUCACCGGCGAAGGCGACGUCGAGGUCGACUUCAACAUUGGAAAUAUCGAGACGGCGCUUGAAGCGGGUGGGCCUAUGCGGCGGAGCAGCAACAGGCAGCAGGUUGUCACUGCUGGAAAUCAGGCGAAGGAUCCUAAUUGGCUCCCGCAUAGCUCGGGGCAUAUGCAGAGUGGGCUUGCGAAGGAGCUGAGUUCGGAGAAGUAUCGGCAGACGCAUUCGGAGAGGGAGGGGGCGGGUAAUGUUUGA